ACUUGCCUUCCUUAUUAUUUUUAUAUAUAUUUUUUUAAUGGGAAAACAAACGUCUUUUGUAAUGCGACGAAAUCUAAGCGUUUUGUUGACUAAAUAACUCAUCGAAAGGCUGACAGUUGACCGGUCGUCGACCGGUCGGAGUGUUCGCUGUCUGCAGAGUAGGAUGCAGCCGCAGUCUCGCGGUAACGGAGAAAAGUUGCGAAUCAUGUUUCACUGAAGACAUAUGGAAGAAGCACGGGCGCAGUUAAAAGGAAGUAAAGACCCUGGAGAGGGCUUGGCUUUCUUUGAACUUCGUACUCAAUGCCCGCUGUAGAUGAGGACCACAAAUGAAGAGUCAUCCAGAAGCAGUAAUAGUGCUGUAGGGGGCAGUAGUACGGUCCUGCAGCGUCUUUUGCAGGAGCAGAUGAAUCUGAGUUUUGUGAUGCAGCAACAGCAGGUAUGCAUUGGAACUGGCAGUGGUGGGAGCGGGCAGGUUGGACCUUCAGAAGACAUUUCCAGGACACCCCACAUUGCCCGACAGGAGCCUCAGGGGCAGGAGCUACAGACAGAGGGUGUGGAAAAAUUAAGUUGCAGGGUAGUAGGUGGUGGUGUAAGCAAUGGAGGAGCAGGAAGCAGUGGUGGUGGUGGUGGUUCGACGAGCCAGGGUCAGUGCCAAAACCCAGAAGAACUCCCUAGUUAUGAGGAAGCUAAAGUUCAGUCACAGUAUUUCCGUGGCCAUGCUCCACCACUUUUACAUCAACAACAGAGCAACCAGCCCCAACAGAACACACUUCCUACCUCAGUGGGUGCUACAUUCUAUGUCACUGGGGUAACUGAUUCCAAGGUGCGGACAGUAGGUCGGCCCACCGUACAGCGUGUCAAUGGGGCAGUGAAGGUACACCAAGAUGACGCACUAAAGGAUCUUAAACAAGGCCAUGUUCGUUCUCUAAGCGAACGGCUAAUGCAGCUCUCCCUUGCCACCAGUGGUGUGAAGGCGCAUGCUCCAGUCGUUAGCUCUUCACUCUCCCCACAGCUUUCCCCUCCAGCGCAGCCAAGUGAUUACUACAAGCAGCAUCGUGGCCCCCCUCCCGACUACCCUUUUAAAGGAAUGAGGUCACCCCAUAAGCAGCAAGAGACUGGGGGAUCUUUUCAUCAGGGGCAGAGACCAAGGGAGCUUUCAAGGGAAGUUCCGCAUGUCAGAUAUCACCCUCCACCAGAGUAUGGCUCAUUCAGGCCCAAUAAAGAAGGUUCGGUUAAUUUCCAAAAGUCCCUUCACCACCACAGCCCCACCUCUUCCAUCACCUCCACUGGUUCUUUGUCCCGGGCCCAAUCUUCUACUAUUUGUAGCUUACCAAGUGCCAUUCAUACCCCCUACUCCUCACACCUAUCUGCCCCCCACCAACACCCACAUGACCGUGGUGAGAGCUUUCCCAGCACGGGCAUUCGCAAUCUACAGGGUCUUGUUUCUAACCAGGUAUGUGAGACUUUCACCUCUGUGCUUCUCAAAACUCCACAAAGAUGCCAUGGUUUCCUUAAUAACGCCAACGGCUCCCUGCCUCUGUUUCACAACAAACAGGAACAGACUCAUCCAUAUCAACAACAGCAUUCUCAAGGCUUGACCCAGCCACAGCCUCAACCCUUUGUUCAAGCCAGACAUUUCCCCCAUCUACAUUCUUACUCCCACCUACAGGGGCACACCUUUGAAAUAAUGGCACACACUCAACAGAUGGUGAACAUGCUGAAUGAAGAGAACAGUGUUUUGAAGCAAGAGAUAGAUGCCUGCCGUGAUAAAGUCACCAAGCUGCACAAGCUGGAAACAGAGAUUCAGAUGGUAUCAGAGGCCUAUGAAACACUUGCUAAUUCUUCUUCCAAGAGGGAAGCUCUGGAGAAAACAAUGAGGAACAAACUAGAAUUGGAGGUCCGGCGUUUGCAUGACUUCAACAGGGAUCUAAGAGACCGCAUGGAGACCGCCAACAAGCAGCUCACUGCAAAAGAGUCUGAUGGAUCAGAAAACAGCCAUAAGACCAUAUCCCAACUGCUUGCAAAGAACAAAGAAACUAUGCGUGAGAAGGAAAAACUAGAGAUCGAGCUGAAUGCGCUGCACUCCACUACAGAAGACCAGAGGAGACACAUUGAAAUCAGAGACCAGGCCCUUAACAAUGCCCAAGCCAAAGUGGUGAAACUAGAGGAGGAGCUAAAGAAGAAACAAGUUUACGUGGAGAAGGUGGAACGAAUGCAGCAGGCUCUCGCUCAGCUUCAGGCAGCUUGUGAGAAGAGAGAACAACUUGAACAUCGACUUCGUACAAGACUGGAGAAAGAGCUGGAAUCACUGCGCAUGCAACAGCGUCAGGGAGGCACACAAAACAACAGUGUGGUCCAAUCAGAGUACAGUGUCACUGCAUUAAUGGAGCACCUGAGGGAGAAGGAGGAGCGUAUUUUGGCUCUGGAGGCAGAUAUGACCAAGUGGGAACAGAAGUACUUGGAGGAGAGCGUCAUGAGACAGUUUGCCCUUGAGGCUGCCGCUUCUGUUGCUUCUCAAAGGGAUACCUCUGUCAGGAUAUUAAGCCAUUCUCCCAGCAGCAGCUAUGACACAUCAGUAGAGGCUCGCAUUCAAAAAGAAGAAGAAGAAAUUCUAAUGGCUAAUCGCCGAUGUUUGGACAUGGAAAGCAGGAUAAAGAAUCUCCAUGCCCAGAUCAUAGAGAAAGAUGCUAUGAUCAAGGUACUCCACCAGCGCUCCAAGAAGGAACCAACCAAGUUAGAUGUGCCAUCUACAAUGAGGCCCUCCAAGUCUCUUAUGUCCAUCUCCAACACUGGUCCUGGAAAUUCAGGACUGCUCUCUCAUGGCAUUGGACUCAGUUCCUCAGCCAUCACUGAAGAACGCAAAGAUAGCAGUUGGAAAGGGAGUCUUGGGCUUCUGCUUGGUCCAGAAUUUCGCACAGACUCUCUCAGAACAGAAUCUAUCACAUCAUCUCCUUCCCCAAUAUUUUCUUCCAUGCAAAUGACAGCAGUUCACUCAAAGACAGGCAGCAGGGAUAGCUCCACGCAGACUGACAAGAAUCAGAGUCAGGACACCAGUAAACCUGGCACCCCAGCCCUUCAGAACAUGAUGGUGCCAAGUCGAUUGUCCAGCCCCAGUCCUGUCUGCAUCCCAGAACGUGGAGCUGAUGGACCAGUGUUUCAUACCAGCACCCUGGAGCGAAGGAUCACUGGCCAGUCCCAGGCCCAUGCACAGCUACAACUCCCACCUACAACCACUCCACAGGAAGUUGACAAGGAUAUAAUGGAAAUUCUCAUCUGACCCAAUUUUCUCAACCAAAUGAGAGAAUGGGUGAAAACUUGAUCCAUACAUAUUUAAUCCUAAUGUUCACAUACUGUAUUCACUUUGUGAAGCAUUUAUCACAGGAUGGAAGUUCCGCAUUCCGUUAAUUCCUUAGAGACCCUGUAAAGUGAUUUCAGUGAUUUGUUUCUGCAAUGUUUGAAGAUAAGUCCUGAAAAUGUCCAAAGACAGAACAAUUAAGUAUUGAAUUGUUGUUAAAAAGUGUUAAACUUUGUUUUUGUUUACCAUUUUGGUUGUCCAAAUGACUUUAGGCAUGGCUAAAACCAAGCCUAAGUAUUCACUUGGGAUUUUUGGCCCUCCACCUCUAUAUAAGUACUGAGCGACUUCAUUCCGUCCAUGGCCUUACAAUGCAAUUGCAAGUUACUUAGUUACAAGACCUACUGUAUUUCUUAUACUACCGUGUGCAGUUGGCUAGCAAACUAGAGUAUGUGUACAACCCAAGAUAUGAGCAUGAGAGGGGUGAGGAUCAAACUUUCUGGGAUGCCCACCCAGACCUGUUGUUAUGACCCAUCCCGCCCUUCCUGCCACAAUGCUUAGCAACGCUCCCUCACCAACUCCCUACCCCACCGCCAUCUCCACAUUUUUAUGCCACUGGAAUCCAGCCAAGAAACUAGAAGUCCCCAAACCGGCUGCUGUUUGUGUCUACGAGGCUUCAUGUACAUGUGCAAAUGAUUGGCAUCUGUCUCCACAGUCUCUGGGUGGCUAUUGACACGGAGGGAUAAUUAAAAUUUAAUGACAGGCAUAAAGUGGGCUUAGAAAGGUAUGAUUUCUCAAAAGUUCAUCUAAUAACAUUUUUUUUGGCAUUUCAUAUUUAGUGUUCUUUUUAUAAACUGCAAAGUCCAUAUUUAGGUGUAUGAGAUAUACAGAUGUGGAGCCAUAUGCUGGAACAGGGAUGGGCAACGCAAAUGAUGUAGGGGACCACAAUUCAACAGCGUUGCAAAGGUCCCAGUUAGGACAACACAAUUCCUAACCAGAUGUAUGAAAAACAUGCCAUUUUAAAUGUGAUCAAAAUGUGUGUGUUUUUUUUUUUUUUUUUUAGAUCAAUGUCCACAACAAUAUCUUAAUAUAGCCAUCCUUCCAGCCAUUUUCUUAGCCGCUUAUCCUCACAAGGGUUGCGGGAGGGCUGGAGGCAAUCUCAGCUGUCAUCAGGCAGGAGGCAGGGUACACCCUGAACUGGUUGCCAGCCAAUCGCAGGGCACAUGGAGACAGACAAAAAUCACACUCAAACUCACGUUAAACGAACUGUCAAAGGUUCUUGUGAAGAAAAAAAAAAAGUUGGUUUUAUUUGACAUCUCAGCAACUUUAGUAUACAUCACACAUCAACUUUGGUUCCCAGCAUGCAUUGCCCUAUGGUAAAUUUUGCAUUAAAGGCCGUAAAUCAUGGCCAUUCCAGUGUUUAUUACCCACAGUUCGUGUGUCUUCAUUACCGAUGGGUACCUUUGACCAUUUAGACUGGUACACAACCUAUUCUCGGUACCUGGGAAUCGAUACUAGUACUCAGCAAAGCCAGUUUUUGGUCCUUUUUGUGUGUUGGUGUUGAGCGGACGGGAGAAUUUCAAUUAGAAAAAAAAUAGCUUAAACAUUUGUUUUUCCUUAUUGGCUCUUACACUUUGACAAAUACAGAAAAGCAACAUUUUAAGUUAAACAUAAAAAAAGUAAAAGAUGCAAUAAACAAAUGAAUACAUAACUCUGUAAUAUUUUACAAAUAAUGAAGUGUUCAGCGGCACGGUGCAUGACUGGUUAGCACAUCUGCCUCAGAGUUCUGAGGACCUGGGUUCCCCUCUCUAUGUAGUUUACACGUUCUCCCCAUGACUGCAAGGGGCUUCUCAGUGUACUCUGGUUUCCUCCUACAUUGCAAAAACAUGCAUGGUAGGUCAACUGAAAACUUUAAAUUUCCAGUAGGUGUGACUGUGAACGGCUGUUUCUUUAUAUCUGCGCUGCAAUUGGCUGGCAACUAGUUUAGGUGUACCCUGCCUCUCGCCUGAAAGUAGCUGGAAUAGGCUCCAGCACUCCCGCGACCCUAGUGAGGAUAAGUAGAACGGAAGAUGAAUGGAGGAAUAAAGUUUAAAUGAUAUGAGCAACAAAUAAAGUACAAAAAAAAUACAAAGUGUGGAGCAAAUUUAUUUGCGAUGCAGAAGAAACAAACGGUAAUUGGACUAAGAUGUUUCAUGAUAACUAACUUUUUACUGCAGUUUGCAAGUUUGGGUCAUCUGAUGCCAAGUAAAGAUAUACAGCAAAACUUCUGUACAACUGAUUUGCCUUAAAUAUGAAGCAAUCUGGGCGGCACAGUGGCGCAACUGGUUAGAGUGUUGGCGUAACAGUUCUGAGGACUGGGGUUCAAAUCCUAGCCCCACCUGUGUGGAAUUUGCAUGUCCUCCCUGUUCCUACAUGGGUUUUUUCCGGCCACUGUGGUUUCCUUCCACAAAAACACAUUGAUUGGAGGCUCGAAAUUGCCCCUGGGUAAGAUAGUGAGUGCGACUUCUUUGUCUCCAUGUGCCCUGCAAUUGGCUGGCAACCAGUUCAAGGUGUACACCAUCUCCUGCCCGAUGACUCCUUGGAUUGGGUCCAUCACUCCCCCGCGACCCUCGUGAGGAUGGAAAAUGGAUGAAAUAAUCCGGACCUAUGUGUCCAAAAUUUGACAGAGGCAAUUUAUUUGAUUUUGGCCUACACAAAAGAAUUGAGAUUUCAUGAAAGUCUCAUGAUGCAUACACGUGCAUUCAAUUGUUGAAUGAAAAUGAUAGCUGUCUCCAUACAUAAUGUGUGCAUAUUUAGUAAAGUACGAGCUCAUAUCCGUUUGUAUUUUUUUAUACAAUAUUUGGUCUCCAAUAAAAAAGUAACGCAGACACCAGGUAUUUAAGUGAGUUCCAAAUAUGCUUUGAGUCAUCUUUCACCAUUGCUUUUUUUGUCAAAAAGGAUUAUCCAUUCAUUUUCUUUGCCGCUUAUCCUCAAAAGGGUAGCGGGGAGUGCUGGAGCCUAUCCCGGCUGUCAAUGGGCAGGAGGCGGGGUAUACCCUGAACUGGUCGCCAGACAAUCGCAGGGCACAACGGAGACAGACAAUCGCACUCACAAUCACACAUACGGACAAUUUAGAGCGUCCAAUUAAUGUUGCAUGUUUUUGGGAUUUGGAAGGAAACCAGAAUGCCUGGAGAAAACCCAGCCAGGCACAGAAAGAACAUGCAAACUCCACACAGCCGGGGCCGGGAUUCAAAACUCGGUCCUCUGAACUGUGAGGCCAACACUACACCUGCUCCAUCGUGCCACCACCAUCAUAAUACUAUAUUGCAAAUUAAGUUAAUAUGGUGUUUAGUGUUUUACCAUUAUAUAAGAAAACAGGGUAAGUACUGGUUCCACUUGUGUCAUGUGAGCUUUAAUUGAGCUUCAGGUUUUUUUGGGAUGCCACAAAAGCUCUUUGACUCAUUGAUAUCAAAUCUGUACAUCCAGCCCAUAAUACAACACGAUACUAUCAUUUAUUAGUUAAUGAAAACAAGUGAGAAUACCGAAAUAACUUUGGGCAGCUGUUGAGAGGAACCACGAGCAUCACAAUGCAGUGUGGAUUCAUUGUCUCACUUCUCAGAUCCCGCUCCGUAAGGAGCAAACCAGCUUUUAGUUUGGAAAAUGAAAGUACCAAUCUCCUCAAACUACUGUAUAGUUGGCACCAUACUCGAACCAUUUCACUGGUGAAAUGUAGGCAAUUUUGGAGUAUAACAACAUUUGUAUGUCGCUUUUUCAGUGUCAGCUGUAAUGCUUUCAGAAAAA